AUGUGUCUACACGAGAGAAACUCCAAUGCAGGCAGGUAGCCGUCGAUGACCUUCCUGAUCUUCUUCGUUGAAGUGGUCCGCACAGCACUGAAGUAUAAAUUCUGAGAAAACUGUACUGAAGAUCAAUAUAUGCAGCUGGCGGCAUUCAGUCUACACCGGCAAUAAUCUAAGAUCCUAAGUCUUGCUAUUGUAAUAUUCUGCUUCUAGCUGGAAUACUGUGAGCAUGAAGUUGUCGAGUUCAGCAGCGGUCUUUGCAGGCUUGGCAUUUGCCUGCUUGGUUUCUAUGACAGUCGCAGAACAGUCUGAUAUGAACGAGAGGCAUUUGAUGGCAGGUCCUGCCUACGAUUGUGGGCAGCAGGAUUUUCCACAGAAUGAUCACAUGUCUCCUCAAGCAGUGAGUGCCUGUAUUGACUCUCUGACUGAAGAGCCCAUGGACAAAAAGACAGCUUCAGCAGAAGUCAAAACUCCUGAUAAAGUCGUCUACUGCAGUAUGGACUGUAAGCAAAAUCUGACUCUUCAGGAGUGUCAGGCUUGUCUCCAGACUGCAAAGCUCCUGCGUGAAAACUACUGUCCUCGUGCCGUGAGUGCAUCUUCUGUCAUCGGCAUCUGCUCUCUGAUGCACGAGACGACCGGUACUUUCACUUGAUACAAAAACUCAAUGGAAUUCUCGUCUCUGGCUCUACGACGACCGAAGUCAAUCAAUAAAACGCAUUCCACAAGAUGGUGUGCACCGCGAGCUGACGGAAUGACGGCAGCCAGGCCAUGAGUUCUGGCAAACAAAGUAGAAGGCAUGCUUUAGUUUUACGCGUAGAAUCCAAAUGCUCAAUGUAGCUCAAUAAGGAUUCCUGACCCAGAAUUCAACUUCCGGGAACUAGAUUGUAAAUCAAUAAGUAAAAGUUGGUGACUCUUGCCAGCAAUUCUGAAGCCUGUCUUUGGUGUCAAGUACAAAACGUUUUGUAAGAAAUCCUUGAAGCUCUGAAGAGCAAUUGAAUGCUUGUCCACGUUCAGGUCCUAUGCAGAGCUGCAAGAGUCUGGAGAGCUCUUCAUAAAAUGAGUCGUUCAA